AUGACUACUAAAUCAACAUUAAAAUUGUUGGCAAUGAUAAUUGUUAUUUGUAGUGAUGAUGAUAAUUUUGUAACUGUUAAAACAUUGUCGGGAACAACAGUUAGGGGACAGACACUACAUGUGCUUAAUAGAGAUGUCCAUCAGUUUCUGAACAUACCGUUUGCCGAACCACCAGUUGGUGACCUCAGGUUUGCCAAACCGGUGCCAAUUAAAGUGCCCACAAAGUAUGUUAUCGAUGGCACAAAACCAGGGAACUCCUGUAUACAGAAUCUGACUCCAGAAGCUAAACGUUUUGUAGGAGAUCUGCCACUAAGUGAAGACUGUCUGGUACUCAACGUAUGGACACCGAGUCUGGAGACUACUGGCCUCAAACCGGUCAUGUUUUGGAUAUAUGGCGGCGCUUUCAGUUUGGGCUCAAUAUUUCAAAAUCAAUACAACGGUUCGGUGUUGGCCACCAAUGAUGUUGUGUUGGUUGCGGCUAACUAUCGGUUAGGUGUACUGGGCUUUCUAUAUGGUGGCCACGAAUCGGCACCGGGAAAUGCCGGUCUAUACGACCAGUUAUUGGCACUCAAAUGGAUAAAAGAUAAUAUUGAAAGUUUUGGCGGUGACCCCAAUCAGGUAACAAUUUUCGGUGAAAGCGCCGGCAGUAUGUCUGUAUCGGCACAUCUACUAUCGCCACUGUCCACAGGCCUAUUCAAACGGGCUAUUAUGCAGAGCGGGUCAUUGAUGUUCAAUAAGGACAUACCGAUAGACCAUACUCUACGAGCACUGACUAAAGCUAAACAAUGGGCUCAGAAAGUCGGUUGCGAUCCCUAUGACUACCAAUGGUUAGACUGUUUGAGAUCAGUUGCCGAUACCAACAUAUUUUAUGAGUUGUCAACUAGUGAUGUCAACACAGUUCCCGUAAAUCUACCGGUAUUUGGUACCGAGUUUUUACCCCACGUCCCGCAAAAAGCAUUCAACAAAAAACUCUACAAUAAUGGGUCAGGAAAGACAACCUUUAGUCAUUAUUUGAAGCAAUCUCAGAUAGCGAACAGACUUUCAAUACAUAAUGAACCUAUAGAAAAGUGGAGGGACCUAAACGGCCUUAACUUAUUAAAAGCCUACUAUAGGAAACCUGAUAAGAGAGCCUUUUUAUUUGAAAGUUAUGUUGCACUUACAAUGAUUGACCAUCACAGAGCAUUGCCUUGUGACGGGACAGACAUUAAGGUUAUGGAGAGAUCGUAUUUCUCCGCGAUUCGCGUGUUCAAACCCACACUUGUUGAUCAACACCUCAUGACUAACUAUGAAAGUGAGGUAUUCGAUGCUAUAGUUAAUGAACAGUUAUCUCAAUAUGCGGACGCCUUGAAAUACGAUCUGGUAGUUUAUAUCGAAACCCCUAUAGAUAAACUCACAAACAAUAUAUAUUGUCGAGCGCGGGCCGAGGAAAGUGGUUACAUACGUGUCCCUUACCUCCUUGAGCUUAAUCACUAUUAUAAUCAAUGGUUAGAAAACCUACCAGAGAAUAUACCGGUUAUUAAGGUUAUGAAUAAUUCAACAAGAAAACAAUUAGAGUUAAUGACCCCUACUUAUGCCGAGUCCAUUGUCAGAGCACUUGACAUUUAA